AUGCCUUCUCUACUUUACUUUAUAUUCAAACGGGUUGUAACUCUUCCGUUCCAUGGAAACCUCAAGUUCUUGCUCAUCUCUUAUUUUGGGGGAACCUUCUGCUUUGCAACAAUCACAUGUGUCAAUUUUGGAUAUCACUUCUUUCUCCCAUUUUUUGUUUCCUCUAAAUGCAGUUUGAUAAUUCCAAGAGUCCUCUUCGAACAUGGUCAUUUAACAUCACUUGUCUGUAUGACGAUCCCAAUGAUCCUUCCUGUUGGAUUCACAAUCGAACGAUUUGUUGCAUUGAUUAUGGCUCGUAGCUAUGAAAACGUGAGAACAUUUCUAGGUCCUCUUCUAGUUCUCGUUUUGACUGUGAUCGAUUGUUCCAUAUUAUAUGCAAUAUACCAUGACGAUCCGUUUACCGACAACUUUAUCAAUUUCAUUCUUAUACCAUCAAAUUCUGCUCAGAAGUUUAACAUGUUUUUCUGGGCGUUGGUGGUUAUUAAAGUUACGAAUUUCUUAUGUAAUUCAAUUUUACUGUUCAUUCACAAAAGAAUGGAAAAAAUAACCAUAAAACAUAGUUCCACAUUAUCAACAAAGUAUAAUAUGGAAGAGAUUUCACAGUCAUCCAGGUUCACUCUAACCGUCACCUUCGCACAUUUAUUAUUUUUUGGAUGGUAUGUGGGCUCUAUUCUGUUUAUCCGGACUGUUGGACCAGAUUUCUUUGGUGGAACAGUCAAUUAUAGCAUAAUGAGAGGUGUUUAUUGUGCAACUCCCACUUAUAAUUUGGUGAUUGUAUUCAUUGGAAUCAAAGCGAUUCGUCGUCUGAAUGUUCAAAGAAAAAACAGAAUAUCGUCUACAGUUCAAGUGAAAUCAACUGGUGAUGAAGGAGCGAAAAAUUAUGACAAUGCAAUUUCCAACUACUGGGAUACUGUAUAUACUGAAAAGAAAAAUGUUAAAUACUAA